AAACAUUAAAGGUCAAGGUCGGAUUUUUUUUUCACGAAAUACGCAGUUACGCACAUCACUGUUCAAUCAACUUGCCAUGAUGUCAAGCCUUACUGAUGCACCAAAAGCUGCAAUGAUUGUGUUGGCAGGAAAUUCACAUUCUGAAUUAGCCAGUCUUGUCGCUAAACGUUUGGGCAUUCGCCUUGGUGAUAUGGCUGUGUUCCACAAAACUAAUCGUGAAACUACAGUUGAAAUCAAAGAAUCUGUCCGUGGUAAAGACAUCUACAUCAUUCAGACAGGAACAAAAGAUGUGAACAAUGACAUCAUGGAAUUGCUGAUCAUUGCCUAUGCCUGUAAGACGAGUUCGUGUCGGAAUAUAGUGGGUGUCAUCCCAUAUUUACCUUACUCCAAGCAGUGUAAGAUGCGAAAGAGAGGCUCAAUCGUCAGCAAACUUAUGGCUACGAUGCUGGGGAAAGCAGGUCUGCACCACAUUAUCACAAUGGAUUUGCAUCAGAAGGAAAUACAAGCCUUCUUCGACAUUCCAGUUGAUAACCUGAGGGCCUCACCAUUUCUUAUUGACUACAUAAAGGAAUUUAUACCAGACUACAGAAAUGCUGUGAUAGUUGCCAGAAAUGCCCACUCUGUGAAGAGAGCCACAUCGUAUGCCGAGAGAUUGCGUCUCAGUAUUGCCGUUAUUCACGGAGAAAGCAAAACGUCCGAGUCGGAAGAAGAUGAUGGCAGGAACUCGCCACCAUUGGUGGAUGGCAUAAAAUCAGUGGGCAAUGAGUUUGGUCUGGAGAUAGUUCCAGUAUUGCAAGCCAAGGAGAAACCUCCAUUGAAUGUUGUUGGAGAUGUCGGUGGGAGAAUAGCUAUCAUAGUGGAUGACAUGAUAGAUGAUGCCGAGUUAUUUGUUCAGACGGCCAACGCUCUCAAAGUGAGGGGUGCCUACAAGAUCUACGUCAUGGCAACACACGGCCUCAUGUCAUCAGAUGCUCCAAGACUCAUUGAGGACUCUUGUAUUGAUGAAGUUGUGGUUACCAAUACAGUGCCCCACGAAGUACAGAAGAUGCAGUGUCACAAGAUUAAGACGGUCGACAUCAGCAUUAUGCUUGUAGAGGCCAUUCGCCGAAUCCACAAUCGAGAGUCGAUGUCAUUCCUGUUCCGCAACAUUGGUAUGGACGACUAGCAUGUAACACCGGACUCUACCCAUGGCAUUAACUCUGUCUGAAUGAAUGUGUGAAUCUUUAGAAUCGUGAAGAUGUUAAAUCAGUCUGUGUAGUCUGUGUAGUCUGUGCAGUGUGUUGGUCUGUUGAAUGUGAACACAAAAUAUGAUCAGUCGCCACAUGAAUUGUUUGUCUCAUAAGAAAUGUAUUAUCAUGUGCAAUUCAAAAGUUUCAGGAUCAUUUAAUGGAUGUGAUAUGUUGGAUUUUUGUUGUUUGAAAUUGAUUGAUCAGCCUUGUCAAAUAAAAUAAAAUAUUGGGCAAUUUACUUUGAAUCUCAUGUAACAAUAAACUAAUAAGACUUACUAAUUUGAGGUUGUUGGGAAAUGUGUAUUGGUAUUAAAGUGAAUGAAUUGGAUCUCACUAUUAAAUAAAUUUUCUAUAUGCAUGCUGUGUUCUAAUUGCCCGACUAAUCAAGUUAUAUAUAUAUAUAUAUAUAUAUAUAUAUAUAUAUAUAUAUAUAUAUAUAAAAAUGUUAACAGAUAAAAUGCAGUUGCUCAGGUUGAAGGAAAUCAAACUUUGUUAAGGAUUUUACUACAUAGUAUUUUUUUGGAUAUCCAUUUUCAAGUCUUAAGCAUUUCUUGUUAAACAUUUUUUUAUUACACCUUUUGUCAGGUGAGCGAUAUUUAUUCCACAUCCAUAAAGUAUUUUAGCAGAAAUGAAAUAUUUUCCAGCAUUAUUAAAAGAAAACAUUUAUACUUCC